GCGGGGCGGGGGCGCAGCAAGUGCAUCCGAGCGAGCGGAGACUAGCGCACCGGCGUCGGUGGCGAGGGUGGUGCAGAGGAGCCCGGCUGGGCGGAGGGAGGAAGGAUGGGUGCGGGUAACUUUUUGACCGCCUUGGAAGUACCAGUAGCCGCGCUCGCAGGGGCUGCCUCCGACCGCCGGGCGAGCUGCGAGCGAGUGAGCCCGCCAGCGCCCCUCCCCCACUUCCGCCUCCCGCCUCUUCCUCGUUCCCGGCUCCCAGGGCCCGUGUCCAGGCUGGAGCCAGGGGCCCCACUGCUGGGAUGCUGGCUGCAGUGGGGCGCCCCAAGCCCAGGUCCCCUCUGUCUUCUCUUUCGACUUUGCAACUGUACUUGUUUUGCUCCUCUACCCGCAGGAGCUGACAUGGACCCAAAUCCUCGGGCCGCCCUGGAGCGCCAGCAGCUCCGCCUUCGGGAGCGGCAAAAAUUCUUCGAGGACAUUUUACAGCCAGAGACAGAGUUUGUCUUUCCUCUGUCCCAUCUGCAUCUCGAGUCGCAGAGACCCCCCAUAGGUAGUAUCUCAUCCAUGGAAGUGAAUGUGGACACACUGGAGCAAGUAGAACUUAUUGACCUUGGGGACCCGGAUGGAGCAGAUGUGUUCUUGCCUUGCGAAGAUCCUCCACCAACCCCCCAGUCGUCUGGGGUGGACAACCAUUUGGAGGAGCUGAGCCUGCCGGUGCCUACAUCAGACAGGACCACAUCUAGGACCUCCUCCUCCUCCUCCUCCGACUCCUCCACCAACCUGCGUAGCCCAAAUCCAAGUGAUGAUGGAGCAGACACGCCCUUGGCACAGUCGGAUGAAGAGGAGGAAAGGGGUGAUGGAGGGGCAGAGCCUGGAGCCUGCAGCUAGCAGUGGGCCCCUGCCUACAGACUGACCACGCUGGCUAUUCUCCACAUGAGACCACAGGCCCAGCCAGAGCCUGUCGGGAGAAGACCAGACUCUUUACUUGCAGUAGGCACCAGAGGUGGGAAGGAUGGUGGGAUUGUGUACCUUUCUAAGAAUUAACCCUCUCCUGCUUUACUGCUAAUUUUUUCCUGCUGCAACCCUCUCACCAGUUUUUGGCUUACUCCUGAGAUAUGAUUUGCAAAUGAGGAGAGAGAAGAUGAGGUUGGACAAGAUGCCACUGCUUUUCUUAGCACUCUUCCCUCCCCUAAACCAUCCCGUAGUCUUCUAAUACAGUCUCUCAGACAAGUGUCUCUAGAUGGAUGUGAACUCCUUAACUCAUCAAGUAAGGUGGUACUCAAGCCAUGCUGCCUCCUUACAUCCUUUUUGGAACAGAGCACGGUAUAAAUAAUAAACUAAUAAUAAUAUGCCAA